UUUGAUAGUUUUUUUUGUUUACCACAAUGCCUCGACCAAGAUGGAGUCCAACACCACAACAGCUAAUGAUUUUACAAGAUUUGUAUAGAAAAGGGCUGAGAAAUCCAACUUCUUCUCAAGUACAAAAGAUCACAGCUCACCUUUCUUUUUUUGGAAAGAUUCAAUGCAAGAAUGUUUUUUACUGGUUUCAAAAUCACAAAGCUAGAGAAAGGCAAAAGCUAAGAAAACAGCUGCUUCACCAAAUAGAGAAAAACCCUACUGAAGAUAAUGAUACUCAAUUACCUCUGCUCAUCAACAACACCAACAGCAACGACGUCGUUCACUUCGUUGACAAUUAUCCUACUUUUCUUCCUAAUGUCCAUACACUUUACCCUCAGUCUCCUACUAUACUUCUUCACCAGACUGAAGGAAAAGAGACAUCGUCAGCUCAAAUCAUGAACAACGUGGGGAAUGUGGAUCAUCCUUUAACAGAGAAUGACAUGAUGAGAACAAAUGUUCAAGGUUGGAUCUUUAUGAUGACAGACAAUAUGGGUCAAAAUUCUAUUCCCUGUUGCAGCAACGUCAGACCCCUCGAAACCCUACAACUCUUCCCCGUCAAAGCAACUGGAGUUAAGGAUGAGUAGGGCCAUUGAGAGGUUACGUAAAAACUUACUCACAUCCGAUGUUUACACCAACCUAGUGAAAGCAUGAACCAUGUGUGCAAAUAUCGGAUAUGGGUAAGUUUUUACCGGCCCUUGAGCAUUACUUCAUAAUAUUGUUUCUUGCUAAUCUGUGUAAUAGUAAUAAGUUUCUAGCAUUAGAAUAGCAACUAUUUCCUCUGAAAAGUGUACUCUAAUUGACUUCUUGAGUCGUUGGCUACUGUUAUUUGUGUAAUGUCCAUAGAUUUGUAAAAUAUCUGAC